AUGAGUGAUGAACAAAUGUUUUUCUGGGUCGUUCGUAUCGGUAACGAUUUCCAAUUCAGAAAAAUAAAUAUCGGCGAUCACGGUUCAGGUUAUUACUUGACCGCAAACUUCAUUGAAAAGUUAAACAACGAGUUAUGCGGAACAUUGCGAGCCAAAUGCGAGAAUCGUUCACUUGAUGAUGAACCCAGCGAUGACGAACUGGCUAAUGAACGGGCGGGUGAUAAACCUCCUGAGUUUUUCCAGACAGAGUCAUUGCAGAAGGUGUAUGACGUUAUCAUUGGUCCUAUGAUAUGCCGACCUGAUUAA